AUGGGGGGAAGACCGAAGCUUCUAAUUCUCGACCUGAAUGGACUGCUCGUGCACCGAGUCUUCGUUGGGGAGGGCCCUAGGGCAGGGGUGUGGACUACGGCGUCGGCAAUCAAUGCAACACCGCUGUUGAAGGGUCUCCUGCCCGAGGAGGAUGUGGCCCGAUUGGCUUUCAUUUGGGACGGCAAAAGGUGCACAUACAACGGUGAGACUGAUCCGGCAAAGCCCGGGAAACCAAUUGCUUUCAAGGAGUUGCGGCGCUUAUGGGAAAGCAAGGACGUUGCCGGACUGUUCGGCCCCAGCAACACCCUUAUGAUCGACGACUCGCGCUACAAGGCCUCCCUCAACCCCCCCCACACGGCCAUCCACCCCCCGGCCUGGGACGAUCCUGAUGCCCAUGCCUCAGACGAUGCCCUCGGCUCUUCUUGA